CACCGCCUUUGUGUAUAUUGAUUCACUUCGUCCGGAUACGUGAAUUUAUAUAGAUAUUUAUUUGUAUAAAGAUAGGAACCGAUUGUAAAAAAAUUUACUGUCUAUUACUGCAAUUGCGGCAAUCAGUUUACUGUACGACAGCAAACGAACACCAUGUAUUUCCCUCCUAAGCCUGAGCACCAAAAAAUUACAAAGCUUUAUGAAGGGAAUGAGCAGUAUAAUCCCAUUGCAAGAGGUUCCGAUGCUCAAAGAUUUAAUGGGAACCUAAAACGACCUGUUGUAUAUAUCUUUAACCACGAGGAAUUCACAAAUAAAUCUAUAAACCGACCAGGCAGCACAACGGACGUCCAAGCUCUGCGUAAAACCUUUAAGAACAUGAAAUGUGAGGUUAACGAAAUUUCCAAUCCCACAUCGGCUGAGGUUAAGAAUAAAAUUAGGGAGUUGGCUGGAAAAUCAUUCGACCGUCUGUCCGGAUUCGUCAUCGUCAUCUUGAGUCAUGGAGGACGAGGAGAGAGGAUUGUGGCAUGUGACAGUAACAUGUACCAUUUGGAUGAUGACAUUCUCUUUCCGCUGUUCGCAAAUAAAUCUUUGAGAGGCAAGCCAAAGAUCCUUAUUGUGCAGGCCUGCAAGGGCGAAUGGGAAGCAGAUGCGGCAUUAAUAAGAAGAAACAACGAACCUUAUAUUAAGUGCUACAGCAGCUCCGAGGGUUUUGUUAGCUAUCGUCGCCCAUCUAAAGGUUCGAUUUUUAUACAAACCUUGUGCAACGAAAUGGAUCAUGACGGCCUUACCAAGGAUUUCCGGAAAAUCAUUGAGAAUGUAAAACAGAAGGUCGAGAAUGAAUCCAAAUUGGAAGGAAGCAAGCAAACACCUUCUGUGUGCUCAAAUCUAACAAAACCAUUUUGUUUUGGAGACUAUGAUCCAUAGAGUAAAUAAAUUGUGAGCACGAAAAGAAAUUACUUUAAGGUCUCCAAAAAUAUUAAAAAGCCUAUAAAAUUGUAUAAACUAUAUGAUAACGAUAUUAAAUGACUUACAUAUUUCUUAAAA